AUGGAUUGGGGAGCUCUGCAUACCAUUUUAGGAGGUGUAAAUAAGCACUCCACCAGCAUUGGGAAGAUAUGGCUCACAGUCCUGUUCAUCUUCCGUAUCAUGAUCCUGGUUGUGGCUGCAGAGAGAGUCUGGGGAGAUGAACAAGAUGACUUUAUCUGCAACACUCUGCAACCUGGUUGCAAGAAUGUUUGCUAUGAUCACUUUUUCCCCAUCUCUCACAUCAGACUCUGGGCCCUGCAGCUGAUCUUUGUUUCCACACCUGCGUUGCUGGUGGCUAUGCAUGUAGCUUAUAGGAGGCAUGAGAAGAAAAGGCAGUUCAGAAAGGGAGACCAGAAAUGUGAAUACAAGGACAUUGAAGAAAUCAGAAAACAGAGGUUUCGUAUUGAGGGCUCCUUGUGGUGGACAUACACCAGCAGCAUCUUCUUCAGACUGGUCUUUGAAGCAGUCUUCAUGUAUGCAUUUUAUUUCAUGUAUGAUGGGUUCCGAAUGCCUCGCUUAAUGAAGUGCAAUGCUUGGCCCUGCCCCAACACAGUAGACUGCUUUGUUUCUCGACCUACUGAAAAGACGGUGUUUACUAUUUUCAUGAUUGCUGUGUCCAGCAUUUGCAUUCUUUUAAAUGUGGCUGAAUUAUGUUACUUACUGACAAAAUUUUUCGUCAGAAGGUCUAAAACAGCUGGGAAUCCAAAACAUCACCCCAACCAUGAGAAUAAGGAAGAAACCAAACAAAAUGAAAUGAAUGAGUUAAUAUCUGAUAGCUGUCAGAACACAGUUAUAGGAUUUUCAAGUAGCUAA